GAGUGCUUGGAAAAAUAUAUGCUGGGAGUCAAGGUUAGGUUAGAAAAACGAGCGUGGGGGGAGAGCGCGCGAACCGUCUCGUGGUUUCGAUAUCUCGCUAGUGGCGUGAAUCGAUGGCGUUGUUCGAGCUGUCAGAGCCGUGGCUUACCUUGACGAGCUGCUCGUGCGGCAGUUAAUGCGGCCAAAGCAGCGUUGACGUUUCGGCAGGACUGAUUCUGGGCUUGUCAAUUAAAAAUGGACCUUUUGAAAAAGAACAUGGUUCGGAAGAUCGGGAAUUUCUGCGAAGAGAGGGAAGUCAACGUGCCAAGUGAUUUGAUAUCCUUUCUGCUUAAUCUGUGCAAUUUGAGCCCGGUUUAUCAUGUGCACCCCGAGGACGACGUCGACUCGGCUAAAAUCGUCGAAGUAGUGACGGAGAAGCUUUUAGACCAGCAAAGGCCAAGUCUAGUGACAUUAAGGAUCCAGUUGUACUUCGCGAAGCACUAUAAUAGCAGAGAUGAAGUCAUCAAAAGGCACAGACUUUCUCUGCACAAGAAAACUGGACCCCUCAUCUUGGAAAUCUGCGAGACCGAAAGAUUAUCUACCGACCGCGAUGUCGAAAGGCUUUAUCAAAAGAUGCUGGUCGUUAUCACUCUGCUUAGUGGCCUCGGAAAUCCAACCGUUCCUGCAGUCCUGAGGGAAGUCGCCCUUUCCUUGCAAAGUGUCUAUCUCCCAUCGGAGCUGACACGUUACGUCAAUUUGCCAAAACGUGAAAAAGAGGAACAAUUGAUGGAGUUGAUGUGCAUAGUCUCCGGUAUACGACUUUUUAACAGGGAUUGUCAACGAGGUGGCGAAGGGAUCGACGACUUGCCCAGUAUCCUGCAGCAGGCGGUCUCCAGGACUCGAAAUUCGAUCCUGGAGCUGCUGGAGAAGUUGAUGAAGAAGGUGUACAAAUUCACGGCAGCUGUGGAGAACACGAUGUCAAUUCCACCAGACGACGACGAUGACGAGGUUUGCCGUCCGAAGUUUCCAUCCCGAGUAUGUCAGGAAGACGUCGACUGGGCUAUUGAAAUGCUCGCUGCGAGCCGUCAACAGGAGAUUUACAUCAGGAAACUCCUGACCGACGUGGAAUUUUGCGAGAACGAGGUCGAGGGUCUCAUGGAACGACUUCAGGGUCGACUUUUUAAGCUCCACGACACCGUGCGACAUCGAACGGCUAUCCCGACCACGCAAGUUUACCCCCAGUUCAUAGACCUUGCCGACAUUUGGAUGAGUCUGCAAGACGAGGUGAUCGUCUUGAGCCACAUUAACAACUUCCUCUGGCAGCUGCAGAGUUUAACCGUAAAGCACGUCAAUGUAUACGACGAAGCGCGCCUAGAGGAUCUGCUUAAGGGCGGCGAAGUUUUGUCAGAUGCCGAGAGACUGGAGCUCCUCAUUGGCAAAUCGAUAACGGAAUGCGGGGAAUGCUCCAUUUUCUACCCCAACGUCACCAAGGAUUUCGACAAGAUUAAUUUGGAGUUUUUAGGGUUCUGUGCUUGGUCCUUGGCAGUCGGGAGAGGAGUCCUUAUCCCGGGAAACCCGAAUAUCGGGGUGGCAAAAUGUGGAGGGAAAUACUUUGCCUUCAGCUCAAUAAAAGCCGCGAGAAGAUUCGGCAGAGAUCCGGCAAGAUACGCGUACGAAGCCCUGGACUUUGUUCGCAAUAAUCCCGAGUACGUGCACUUGUUCCAGCUGUACGAAGAGAUCUCGGCAAUGGGCCAAAAUGAGGAGAUAAUGGAACAAGGCCCUCGAUUAAAAGUUCACAACGACCAGGGGGUGCAAACGGACCUCCACCCUUUGCCUUCCAACAUCGAUAAGAAUUACACUUUUAGUAUCUGGGAAUACAGGAGACGAGCUUUGCAACUGGCUACGAUCUGCCGAUCCGCGACAACGAGUACCCAGACGAACAAGUCGCACUUCCGUAGUGGCGUCUACGUCCAAGUGGUGCCUCCAAAAAAUGAAGAGGUCCAGACGAGAAGAGACAACGGGACGAACACGAAGAAGCUGCUGACGUUCAUCUACGGUUUGCGAGGAAGACGGGACGACAAACAGCACAUCCUUUCCUUCGCGGAGGACGAGUUGGAGCACCUGUAACAAUUCCUCCAGGUACACGAGAUCGAAGAAACGAACCUGCCCUCUAAUCGGAUCAUCGGCUUAGCCAUUUGGCUACUAAGAGCGCCCGACAUUAGGUCCAAUAUUGCCUGCACGGUCAGACGAAUUUCGCCCAUACGUCGAAACGGCUCCGUGUUCAGAGUUAAAGACGUUGACAAGGGGUGUUAUCAAUAAGCCAUACCCCCUCGAAAAUAUCAAUAAUCAGGAUUAUCGAAUCACCAGAAUAUGAUCAGUAUGACAAAUCAAAUUUUCGUCCGAAAUCGUUAUUCGAUCUAAAUGAACAUUGUUCGAUUAUUUUCAUUCAAUAAAUGAAAUUCUUUAUCAGCAUAUGCGAGG